GUCUGUAAUCUGCAUCAGUCACACAGAGCACCUGAGCAGCCAGGCAUACUAUCAGCGGCUCUUACAAUAACAAGCCAGCUCGCCAGGGAUUGCCUGGGAUCGCCUUGAGCUCUCUGCCUGCUGCAGACAGGAUGGGGGAGCAACAGGGGAGCUGUGCUGGGAGCUCUGUGAGCGCAGAGCACGGGGAGCUGUCCAUUCAGCACCAGCAUACCAUCAGCACUGCUAACAGCUCCUGCAGCCACUGACAUUACUCCUCAACUUACCUCACUCACACUCACUGCAUGGCCACUGGGGACCUGCUCAGCUCAUCCAAAACCUCACUCCUGCUGGAAAAUAGCAACUGCUCAGGGAUCCUGGGUGAAGAAAGUCUGAUGGGGACAACUAGAGCCAGCAGGAAACCCACACAAAGCUUGGGGAAGUCUCUCUGGAAGUUGCCUCCUGGCUGCCCUGUGCUGAUGGCUAUAAAAUUCUAAUGUUAAGAGGUAAGAUGUGAAGUGAGUUAGUUUUACACCUCCAUUAACAGGCAAAGGAGUCAUCAUACAAUGUAUCAUAAACAAGCCAUGGAUUUGGAAUCUUGGUGAUCAAGCACUGGUUCUGGUUUAACCCUCUCAGUGCUGCAGGUGGGGGGAACAUUGCAGAACUCUUUGGAACUGAAAGGGUUCUGAUAUGCUUCAAAACAGCUGAAAUUUAACAUGGCCAAAGGAAAGGUCAGGUCAGAAAAUCCAAGUAUAAUAAACCCAGCAGUAGGCAAUUAACAUUGCACAUGAUUGUAGAUAAAAUACUAUAGCAUAGUAAUGGUGUUUAAUUCCUGCAUGCUUUGUUACGCACACAUAGAUACUAUCAGAUAACACAUUUACUCUGUACAGAUAACUGCUUGCAGAGAUUCCAUUUUCAGAGUAUAACACAAACAAAAAUGCUCAAAAUUACACACAGGUUAUUAAAAUAAUGCAAACACGUAGCAUUUCAUACACACAUGCAGCACACAUUAUUAUUGGAUAUUGAUACUAAUUUAGUGAUGGAGAAAUGGUUUCCCCCUUUUUUUCUCUUUUGUACCUUUUCCACUGUUGCGUUUUCCCUGAAAAUGUUCUAUAAAACAAUAAAAAAUAAUUUGAAAGAAUCUAUGCAAAGUUUUAAUAUUCAUACUCUCAGUUAUCUGCAUAUCAUUUUGUAAAUAAAAUGGUGGGACCGUUGCAUGGAACUUUAAUUGUACUAAUGUUUAAAUUCUGUAUAUUCUAGGCCUGCUUUCCAUAAUAAAAAAAGUUUGAAAACUCAAUAUGACAAGGGACAGAUUGGACGAUUUGUCUGAAUACGAUAUUGAAGAUUCUGAGAUUAGUAUAAAUGUCGGAGGAUACAAGAAAAGGUUAAGAUAUGACACGUUGUUAAAAUUCCCAGACACCAGACUGGGCAAGCUCUUGGCUUGUCACUCAAAAGAAUCCAUCCUUGAACUGUGUGAUGACUAUGACGACACCAAAAAUGAGUUUUACUUUGACAGAAACCCAGAGCUUUUCCCUUACGUGUUACAUUUUUACAAUACCGGGAAACUCCACGUCAUGGGUGAACUUUGCGUUUUUUCUUUCUGCCAAGAGAUAGAAUACUGGGGAAUUAAUGAGUUCUUCAUAGACUCAUGCUGUAGCUACAGCUACCAUGGGAGAAAAGUUGAACCUGACCAAGAACAGUGGGAAGAGCGGAGCGAACAUGAGAGCACCACAUCUUCAUUUGAUGAGAUUUUGGCAUUUUACCAUGAUGCAUCCAAGUUCGACAGGCAGCUGUUUGGAAAUAUUAGAAGGAGACUUUGGUUAGCUUUGGAUAAUCCAGGCUACUCUGUUCUGAGUAGAAUCUUCAGCAUCCUUUCCAUCAUGAUAGUCCUGGGUUCUAUUGUCACCAUGUGCCUCAACAGUUUGCCAGACUUUCAGAUUGUUAACGCCAAUGGCAGUACAGAAGAAGACCCCAGAUUUGAGAUUGUGGAACAUUUUGGCAUAGCCUGGUUCACACUUGAGUUGGUGGUGCGAUUUGCAGUGUCUCCAGACUUUAAAGCUUUCUUCAAACAUCCCCUGAACAUCAUCGAUUUCAUAUCGAUAGCUCCAUUUUACACCACCUUAAUCGUCAACCUAGUGGUGGAAAGCAGUCCAGCUCUGGCCAAUUUGGGAAGGGUGGCACAAGUGUUGAGACUCAUGAGGAUUUUUCGCAUCUUAAAGCUUGCUAGACAUUCCACAGGCUUGAGAUCAUUGGGGGCUACAUUAAAAUACAGUUACAGGGAGGUGGGCUUGUUAUUGCUGUAUUUGUCUGUAGGGAUUUCAAUAUUUUCUGUUGUGGCUUACACCAUUGAAAAAGAGGAAAAUGAUGGCUUAGCCACAAUCCCAGCUUGUUGGUGGUGGGCCACCGUUAGCAUGACCACGGUUGGUUAUGGAGAUGUGGUGCCAGGAUCUAUAGCAGGGAAACUGACUGCCUCAGCUUGUAUACUAGCUGGGAUUCUUGUUGUUGUUCUUCCUAUAACUCUCAUAUUUAAUAAGUUUUCCCAUUUUUACCGACGGCAAAGGCAGCUAGAAAAUGCGAUGAGAAGCUGUGAUUUUGAUGAUGGUAUAAAAGAAAAUCCAUCUGUAAACCUUAGGGAUUACUAUGCUCAUAAAGUCAAAUCCCUGAUGGCAAACCUCACAAAUUUGAGCAAGAGUACACCAAGCGAGCAAAGUCUCGAUGGCUCACUAAACUAAUUCAGGACGUAAUCCACCAUAUUCUUAUCCAUCUAUUGCAUGAUCUACAAGGCACUGUACUUCAGUCAGUGUCCAAACAUAAACGUAUAGAUUAGCAAUAUUGACACUGGCCCUUCCAUUGGUUCUUAUAGUGCCUUGCGUCUACCAGUCUUUCCUUUUAGUGAUGCUAAGUGUGCAUUUUACUAAUCUAUUGUUCGACUCAUGUGAGCAAUGUCCUGUAAAACUGGGUAUCCAUAUUUAUGCGGCAGUGUCAAAAGUAACAACAAAAAAACAAACAUUCUAAGCUGUUUGCAGUAAAAUGUUGUUAAUGUUUGUUCAGGUGCGUGUUUGGGAAUGCUCUGUUACCUGUGAAUAGUGUCUUCUGUCUGAUAUGCCCAUAACAUGCACUAAAAUGUUUGGAUUGAAAUCCAGAACAAUGGAUGUGUGUGCAUUCGAUGUUAUAUAAUAUAAACAUUUUGGCUUUCACUGCUGUGCGCCAUUGGACUCGAACCAAGUGUAGCACACUAGUGACCAAGCAAUCAACCGCAUACCUAAAGUGACUUUUAAGAUCAAUGUAUUUGUAAAAUUGUGGGUGUUUCAAGUCAAAGAAGCAUUGAUUAUCAUGGACUACUGCAAGGUUAACAUGUAACGUUUACGUGUCUGUGUGUGACUAACAGGGUCUUACAACGGCUGAGCUUCUCAGAUUUGUCUAAACUAUAUUAUUAUUUUAGGUGUGGGGCCAAUUAUAGCAGAUGUACGGAUGCAACAGCAUUCUCAAGUGUCUGAACGGAUAGUUUGUUGCAAACAUUCUGUAAAUGGUGGGAUUGAUGGCAGACAUUUCAUUCUGGUUUGUUUUCUGUUUGAUGAUUGGAAAAACAAAGUCUGUUUUCAACUGAUCGUGUACGUAGAAAGCCGAUAGUAGCAUAUUGCAUGUACAAGGAAGUUAUUCUGGUGUUCUGUAAGAUAUAAGGUUUACUGACAUUGGAUUGUGGUGAGUUGACAAAUGUCCUUUAAGGUUAAAAAAAAUGCAGUUAGGUUAAAUUGGAGAUUUUUUUUUUCCAACUCGUCUAUUUUGGGCUAAAUUUCUGUAAUUUACUUGUCAUCUCCCAAUGAUAUAUUUUUAAAGAAUAAACAUAAAAUGAUUGGAGAUUGCAUUGCAUAAUUAUAAAUCAUGCAAAGCAAAAAGUGAAGCCUCAGUUUGUCAUAUUUCUCUGCUUCUGGGGUUUUGAUAUUUUAGCCGGGGCUGUGACAGCUUUGAUUGUUACGUACAGAAGCAAUACGCAUUUGCUGAUACUUGAUGGACUUGAGUUUUUAAGUUAAAUGAUUGUGGGUCUUAUAAAUACGGUGAUUUUCUGCACACAUUUCAGACGCCAUCGCAUAAAUGUCUGAUACUACAACCUAAAUGCAUUCCACACUAUCUUAGUCUUCACGUAAAAGAUGCACUCCUAUGCUGAAAUGAAAAUCAAUGAAUGACAGCAUAUCCAAUGAUAAAGUAUGUGAGACUACUUUGCCAGCAUUGGAAUGCUGCAUAUAUCUAGCAAAUUAUUUGUAUUUAUUGGACGAUGCUAGGGUAAAUUUGUAUACACAGACAUAGCGGUUGAGCAGAACUAUCAUCCAGGAUUUAGUUAUGUAUUUUGACAGUUCCAUUUACCUAACGGGAAAAAAAAGAAUGUUCAUCUGAAUACUGAGUCAGAAAAUGUUUAAAGGGACAGUCUUGUGACAGUAGCAUUCAGCUCAGUUGCUUCGGUUCCGGGGUACUAUAAAUGAACUGUAUAGUUCAUUUUACAUAUAGUGAGCUGGUGGUAAGGCUGAGUGUAAUAUAUUAAUAUACUGUUUCAUACAUAGGACAUAUACCUCGGUUUUAUUCGGAUCUUUCUUAAUCUCAAAGCAUUCCUUUUUAUAUUUUUUCAGUGAUAGAAAGCCCUAGUGCUCUAUUUAUAUAAUUUGCAUCAGAAACUCCCAUCAGCCAUUACAAUAAUUUCAUAUUAAGUCACGGCUUUAAUUAAAGCAAAAAUCUACGUAAUUGUCACCUUUUUUUUUAAUACAUUACAUAUACAAUAAAAAAUAAAAUACUUAUAUUUUAAAAGUCAGGCAGACUUGUCCCUAAUUAGGAAGAGGCUGACCAAUCAGGCCUAUCAUUCUGGUCUGAGAUAAGAGUUAGCUCCUAUCUCAUCAGAAUAAAUGCAAUUUUAAAGUAUGAUAUUUGAUCAAAAUAGUAAAUAAUCAAAUCCAUGAAAAUGUGUUUCUAUAUAAAAAAAAGCUACUUUUUCCCGUUUCUGUAAUUUUUACUCACUUUAUUAUUAUUACUAUUAUUGCCAUUUAUAUAGCGUCAACAAAUUCCGUAGCGCUUUGCAAUAUUAUGAGAGGGGGAUUUAACUAUAAAUAGGACAAUUACAAAUAAACUUACUGGAAUAAUAGGUUGAAGAGGACCCUGCUCAAUCGAGCUUACAUUCUAUAGGAGGUGGGGUGUAAAACACAUUAGGACAGGAAUUUAUUUUAUUCACAUAGAGUCGGAAGGUUAUCUUCAGAAUUUGGAUUGUGAAUUAUAACAGUUGCCAAAAUAUUCAGCUCAUGUCCUUCUACUUCUAUCCUUCUAAUCUGAAGGAACGCAGGGUGCAGAGACAUACAAAAUAUUGAUUGAAAAGCUUUGCUGCCUGGUCUGUGUCUAGACUAGAACUGUAAACAGAAGACACAGAGACAAAUCACUGACCGGCUUGUAUGUUCUUUAUUGGAAUAAUUUUUUAGAUUGUAUUUAUUCACCUUCGUUUAACAAUGUGUGAGACAAUAGUUGUCAAUUCGAAACUUAGCAACCAAAUGUAAACAUGCAUUUAACCCCUUGGGGACCACAUUUUACAAGCUGUCUACAUCACAAUCUGCUCAUCAAAGACCUUCUGUUGGCAUGGAAUGUCCCUCUUAGUGAGCACCGGUCAUUGAGUUGGUCAUUCCAUCUCGGAAUGAAAUUCUUUAAAGGACAGAUUAUUAUGAUAGCAUAGUCCAGGGGUAGGCAGCCUUCAGCACUCUAGAUCUCGUGGACCACAUGUUACAUAAUGCUCUAACAGCCAUAAUGCUGGCAAAGAAUCAGGGUAGAUGUAGUCCACAACAUCUGAAGUGCCGAACUUUGCCUACCCCUGGUGUAGGGUCUUUGCUACUCUAGCAUUAUUGGCUUGCUUACACCUGUCAUAACCCAACUUUGGUCCUUAAGGAAUUAAUAGAGAAUCAUUUCUCACAUCUCUCAUGGGUUAGAAGGGGGGCAGUAGUUAAAAUGUGUUGCAGAUUGAGUUAACAUUAAUUCUCACCUGAAUUAAGUGAUUUUCUGAUAAAUGUGCCCAGAAAACCCUAAUUUAAGAAUAUUAAAAAAACAAGAGAAUCCAGUUUUUUUUUCAAAUGUGCUUAUCCUGUAAAGGACAAAGGGCAAAUGCUAUAGAGGUAAGCGGAGAUAUUGAGAGAGUUAUACACACAGAAGAUCAGUAAUGAGAUGGAGAGUGUAGUGGCUUAAAUUAGAAUUUCAUUGAAGGAAGGUGUAAAUGUGGCUAAAUAUAAACGAGGGAAAAUAUAGUAUUGGGUUCAAUGCUGCAGGUGAGACAUGAUUACUCAUUAGAUAACAGUGUUAAUUGGUCAGGUGAGCCGAGGCUUUUCUAUAGAUAAAGACAGGAGCAGGAAGUGAUUACUCUGACAGUAAAUAAAGCAUACAAUUACUUUUAAAGGGAAAUGCGACCAAUAGAACAAGUAAGGGUAGAAGGAGGCCAUACAAGGGGAGCUGGAGAGGAGACAUUUGUGGUUAUUUAUGCAUUACCCAAAUUUGGUUUGGACUGGAAGUCUGCCUUAAGCUUUUAAUUCAUGUCUUUCAAACCAAAAUAAGGUGCACAGUAUAAGGUUUCGCUGAUGUGUAUAAAAUAGUUAUUUUUAUAAAAAUAAAAUUACCCCCUUGGGAUUGCGUGGUACGAAAAAAAUCAUAUAAUUACAUUUUGUAAUUCUUUUAUUUCAAUAGUAGCAGUACUUGGAGUCCACUUAAAACUUCUUACAAUAAAUGGGGGAGAAGAUACAAAGGUAAUAAAACAUAGAAAUUAACAACAGACAGAGAGCAUGCCAUAGAACAAUGGGAGCGGACACAAAUAGAAUAAGAACAGGACCACAAUAAGACAAUAAGAGAAAAUGUUCUGGGCUGGAGUUGUACCCACUGUCACUUUCAGAAUGUGUUAGAAAUUUAAAUUACAAAAUGGAAAUAGAAUGCUCUUCUUUGUUCUUGCAUUAAGUGCAAAUUCCCAGGAUUUGCAUCUUCUGCAGUGAGCUCUCACCAGACCAGGAAGUGGCUGACAAAUUCUCAGCCAAUGGGAGUUUAUAGGACUUGUUGUUCAGCUGUCAGUGUUGUCCUGAAGCUAUUUUCACAAAGUAACUGGGCGCAAAUAAGUCAUUUAUGAAUGUAAGUAAGUGAAUCCUAGUGGGCCACGAGCUUUCUAUAUACAUUGUAGAAUCUGUCUCAAUCAGCCAAAUUCAUGAAAACACAUAUUACACACUGUAGGCACCCAUAUCACUUUAGCUCAUUGAAGUGGUCUGGGUGCAAUGUCCCAUGUGCCUUAACCCUACAGUGGUAAUUAUUGCAGUUUCUGAGAAACUGCACUAACUACCUCUGAGGGUUAACUACUCCUCUAGUGGCUGCCUACCUUACACCUGCCUAGAUUUUGAGGACCUCCAGCGUCAGAUUUUCCCAAUAGGAAAGCAUUGAACAAAUGCUUUCCUAUGCUUUCCUAUGCAGACAUCCAAAUACGAGCGCAGCCAUUGGCUGACGUUGGCGGGGGAGAAGUGUGGGCGGACAUCGGCGCUGGAUUCAGGUAAGUGACUUAAGGGGUUCUAACUUCUUCACCCCCAGGGGGUUGGCGGGGCACGACGGAGGGGGGCACUGCAGGAGCCUAUAGUGCAAGGAAAACGGCUUUGUUUUCCUGGUACUAUAGAACCCCUUUAAUCCAUUUGCAUAAAAGACAUUUCAUGAAUAUAAAUUUAAAAUGUUGUCCAUGAUCUAAUGUUCGGAGACGUACAGUAAAACGUCACAGAAAGCUUCUGUGUCAACCUUUAAAAGUUAAACAUCAGUGCCUAAAAUAAUUUAAUUACCAUUUACUACCCUUUCUAGAAGUUGUUUUUGUUAAUUAUUAAGAUGUAGUCAGAAAAUAAUAGGGUGCCCAGUCACACCUUAUGUCGCAGGGUGCACAAGGGGUGUGCCAGGAGGGACCAGUUACCCCCUAAUACUGAGCAAAAAUUCUCCCCAUUCCCUGUUUCGGUUUUCAUUGGGUUUGCCUUUUGAUAUGUUUGGGAAGAGAAAUCCUAAAUAUAUCUGUAUGAAUUAUCACUAGAGCAAAACUUUGCUUUUUGUUUCUAAUUUUACAUUUUUUAAUUAGUAUUUUUUUAAGUAAGGAUGAGAUGGUAAUUUUAUCUGGGUGCACACCAUAAUGCAAAACCUGUGCUACUUAUUACUUGAGUUUUUGAUUAGCUUAUUUAUAAUUUGUUUUAGAAUUUGAUCCAAUAACAUAAUUAUUGCUUAAAAAAAGAAAUAACUAUAGAAGAUUAAGAAUAGUAAUAAUAUAAAAUUGCAGCAUAGCUUGCUGUACCCCAACCUACACAUUACAUCAAACACGAGUGUCCUUUUACACUAUUUAUUCUUAUCUAAUAACGUUUUAUCACCUUGUACUCUUGUACUAGUGAUAUGUCAUUAUAUGAAAUAGUAAUAUUUUUCUAUAUUGAAUUCAUGUUAAUGCUACACUUUAGGCACUUCAUCUUAUUGAAGUGGUCUGGCUGCAGUGUCCCUGUCCCCUUAAUUGUAGAGAUACUGCAAUGUUGUUAUUGCAGGGUUAAGACUGCCUCUAGUGGCUGUCUACCAGAGAGCCACUAGAGAUGCUUUUUGCUGUUUAACAGAGUUUGAUUCUGUGAAACGACGAUGGACAUCCUCAUGCACUAUAUGAGGACACCCAGCAUCUUCUAAAUCUCCAUAGGAAAGCAUUGAGUCAACGUUUUCAUUUGGGAAAGGCCUAAUGAGUGUGAAGUGCUUGCCAUGCAUGCACGUUAGUUUCCCCCGAUCCUCCUGACAUCGGAGGGGAAGUAGCCUGACCCGGAACCGAGAGACCUCAGCGCUAGAAUCAGAUAAUUGUCUAAAGGAUUAUUGCACCCUUUCAUGAAUGGGGUGGAUAAAUGGAGAAGGAAGCACGAAGUCAGAGGGACACUUUAGUGUUGGGAUAAUGUUUUGUAUUCUUGACACUAUAGUGUUCCUUUAACUGUGCUUAUUCAAGUUUCUAAAAAUGGAAUAAAAAGAUGUAUUUAUUAAUUCAUUCUCUAGCACUUAAAAAAGACAUUGCAGGGAAAUAUUGUAAAUACAAUAUUAUUUUCAUAUUUGUGAUUGCUAUUAAAUGUUUUGAACAAAUAUGUUUUUUUUUAUUUUAUUUCAUGAAUUAUUGUCUCCAGACAGCACUGAAAUACUUCUAGUGAUAAAUUAGAUUACACGUUGGUACUAUGUUCAUGUGUUUUCAGCACUGGAUUCAAUUGCACAGCACUGGAGAGUAAAAGUGAAUCUCAAGGUCUGAGUUAAAUGUCUGGUUUAUGAAUGUAGUAGGUUGGAUAAAUAGUACUGAACUUUUGUGGACUUAUUCACUAAGCAGUGAGAUGUGUCGAUUUGUGAGCCAACUUUUAACAUUUGAACUAGAACAGCCGAGUUAAAAUAAGAUCAGUUCGGCCGGGUUGGGGGGUUUUGUUUUUCAAGUUUGGCCUUAUUUUGCAAUCCGGUUUUCAAGUGGCCAGAACUCACUGUUUAGUUAAUACAGCCCACACUGGCUAUCAACAAAGUUUACAAUUGUACACUAAAUGUUCAACAAAAAAUGGACGUAGAAGCACUUACCCUAUCAGUCCUCUGUUGUUUACCCCUGUUUUACUGUUGUCUUUUUUAAUAUAAUGUAAUCUAUGUAUAAAUAUAAUAAAGGAUUCCGA